AAAAAAUGGCGGCCUCCAUACAAUCAUUCGGUUCUGGAAAAAAACACCUGUUUGACAACAAUUAUUGUCCAAAAAACUAAUGUCAGUCAAAGAGAACAUGAGGAAUUAUUCUUUAUAUCGGUUUCCUUUACUUAUCAGUAAUGUCAUAGUGGUUUUCAAUUGAAAUAAUGCUCUAUUUUACGAAAUUCCCCUUCGUCCAAAAUUUCCCUAUCCGAAAUCGUUUACUCGAGUACUGUAAAACCAGAUGUUUCAUCCUUUUGUGUUUUUAUUUAUUUAUUUUAAUCGAAAUUGAUAAGACACCACCCGAUAGCUUGUACGGUAUGGGAUGGGUCGCUUUCCCCGUGCGGACUUGCUCACACGACCGGAGGACGCCGACUUUCGGUGAAUAGCUAGUUGCAAUAAUCCAACUCCCAGCUAUAUUGACCCUCCGGGUCGCUGAGCUGUAUGAAUGUACUCAUAAAAUCUCAGAGCAUACAAGAAGAACUAGGUGAAUAGCAUACUAUGACGUCGGACGAAAAUGGCAGAUGACCAAAACAUGAUAUUGGAGGCAGGAUAAAACUGUUCUUGAUGUAUUAUAACUAGAUCAUGUCAGAGACUACACAGACUGUUACAGAUACAGCAGCCGCCGAUCGGUUUAGAAGACACCUGAGUACCACCAUGAGUCAGGUGUCUGACUGGAGCCAUCAGGUCUUGGCUCAGCAUGGGCAAGAGCUGAUAGCUGCGCUUCCCACCUUAGGGAGACCUCACAGAUCUGUGACACCCGCACGUCCAAGGAGGGCCCCGAUCCGCCGACAACCCACAGGUGACAGACGUAGAUCCACCAUUUUGAGAUUCAAAGCUUGUGCGCUUGACCACCCGCUCUACACAUCAACAGCAGCAGUGAAUCACACAGAGUUGAUGUCCAAAGGUCUGGGUAGGCGACCAGACACCACCUUCACUCUUCCGACUAGUGGGACACAGUCUGACCUGAGAAACAAGAUAAUUGAGUUGUAUCCUAUUCUCCACACUAUACCUUUUGAGUUGACGGUGGGUCAGGCAAGAUGCAAGUUGGAGUUGAUUCAGAGGGAAAAGUCUCUUCAACAGCUUAAAGAUGAUACCAAAUCAUGCGGCUUUGUUAGACUCUGGGUCCUACCAGACUACCACAUUGGUCCCCAGAUAACUGCUCCUACACCAGCCGCCUCAAUGCCAGCCGUCAGGACCAUGCCAGCCAUCCCAUCAACGCCAGCCAUCCUGACUACACAAGCCAUCCCGUCAAUGCCUACCAUUACUUCUACGCCAGCCAUCUCAUCAACGCCAGCCGUCACCACUAUGUUAGCCAUCCCAUCAACGCCAGCUGUCACACUUACGCCAGCCAUCCCGUCAACGUCAGCGGUCACCACUACGGCAGCCAUCCCGUCAUCGCCAGCCGUCAGGACUACGCCAGCCAUCCCGUCGUCGCCAGCCGUCAGGACUACGCCAGCUGUCAGGACUAUGCCAGCUCUCCCGUCAACGCCAGCCGUUACGACUACGCCAGCCAUCCUGUCAACGCCAGCCGUCAGGACUACGCCAGCCAUCCUGUCAACGCCAGCCGUCAGGACUACGCCAGCCAUCCCGUCAUCGCCAGCCGUCAGGACUACGCCAGCCGUCAGGACUACGCCAGCUGUCAGGACUAUGCCAGCUCUCCCGUCAACGCCAGCCGUCAUGACUACGCCAGCCAUCCUGUCAACGCCAGCCAUCAGGACUACGCCAGCUGUUGAGAUUGACAACGAUUUCCAGAUUGACAUUCCAGAAAUUCAGAGUGAUUCCCUAUAUGAGCCAGCUGGGACACCCACAGUUCUCUUUCGACGUCAACAGACUUUCCUUGACAUAGCCAGAGACAUUGACCAGCCUGCUGACCAGACAACCAACCAGUCAUCAGCCGUUCUGAAUGAGUACAUCCCUGCGGUUCAAACAGCACAACCCAUUCCACCAAGCCGUAUAACAGAUACUGCCAGAGAGCAGCUCAAACAACAAGCGAGCAUGUGCAUCACUGGUCCCAUUACAGAUCCUUUGCUCCUGGAGGUGAGACGUAACCACGUCAUGAAAGACGCCCUAGGCACCUUACGGUACUCACAGAGUGACCUCAGCAGCAAACUGCAGAUCAAGUUCAUUGGUGAGGCCGGUGUUGAUCUCGGUGGUCUCCGUCGCGAGUUCUUCUCCCUCCUUGCAUACCAGUUCAGCCAUUCAGCGCUUACAUCAGGUUCUCCCGGGCGCCUCACAUUAAGAAAGAACUUUGUGGAGCGUGAGAAGAACACCUUCUUCUACCUUGGUCAGCUUGUGGCUCUCUCCAUUCUUCAAGAUGGUCCAGGUCUGCCAGUGUUUGCCGACUGUGUGGUCAACAAGAUACUCAACAUCACAAAUGGUGUCAAUCCAAAUGACCUCAAUCCAGACUUGGUGAAAACACUUGAAGAGGUAGUUUUCAAAGAGUAA